UAGGUGCCGGUGUGCUAACUGCAUGGAAAUAUAUGCUCGCAUUUCUCGCGAAUAAGAAAAAAUCAAGAUUUUUUGUGAUUUACAAAAUAAAAGAGUGGCUGCUUGAUAAUUUAUCUUUGGGGUAAAUUGAGACAUGAAAUAGGAAGUCAAAGAGUACUUGGACAUUUUGAAAGUGUGGGUGUGCAGGGCUAUAGGAGAUUGGAGUAAAUUACUGAUAUUGAAGCAACCUUGAGUUUCCAUACAUUUUAAUCAUGAGUGAUGAGGAAUUACCUUCUGGCUGGGAGAAGCGUUUGAGCCGCUCUACUGGUCAACAUUAUUACUUGAAUGUCUAUACUAAAGAAAGCCAAUGGGAUAGACCAGAGAAAGCAGCUGAACCUCCUUCAACUGAAGAGGUUCAAUGCUCACAUAUACUUGUCAAGCAUUCUGGCUCUCGUCGUCCCUCAUCUUGGCGAGAACAAAAUAUUACCAGAUCUAAAGCUGAAGCUUUAGAGUUAGUCAAAUCUUACAGGGAAAAAAUUGUAUCAGGAGAAGCAAAUUUUGGUGACCUAGCUGGAAAAUACAGUGACUGUAGUUCUGCAAAGCGCAAUGGAGAUUUGGGUCCCUUUUGUCGUGGUGCUAUGCAAAAGCCAUUUGAGGAGGCUGCUUUUGCCCUCAAAGUAGGCGAAAUUUCACAACCAACAGACACUGACAGUGGAAUCCAUAUUAUUCUACGAACUGCUUGAAUAUUAAAUUCAAGAUUUUUCACUUAUGAUAUUCAUUAAUUACUUGCAUUUUCAAUGUUAGUUACCUGUGAGUAACGAAUUAAUUAUCUCAUAGAUUAUAUUUGAUUAAAUUAAUUGUGGUAAUUCUUCAAUAUUUAUUAAUAUGACGUUUCAAAUUAAUUUCUUAACAUAACAAAAGAUGCAUGCUUUUGUAGUUUUAUAAGUUUUGAAAAUAGGUAGUGAUCUAUGCAACACCGCCAUAUAGUUUUGGGGUCAAUUGUAAACUGCUUACGUUUUCAGUUUGAUAAAAUUAUUGUGUUUUCUGAAUGAUCAACAUUAUAAGCCUUCUUCAUUUAUUGUAAGUUGAUUAAUUUGAAAACCGAUAAAACAAUUUCAUUUGAACUUUGUUCUUGCAAUAGCAGUUUCCUUCUUGUAAUAUCAUUUGUGCUAAAUAAAAUAAAGUUCU